AUUUGGAGUCCCGACGCAAAGCGCCUUCAAUUUGAGGGUUGGGGUCUAUUUUUGCGCUUCCUACCCCCCCCCUGAACACACCACAUUUUUUCCCGAGUAUAGGACAUUUACUGCCAUCAUUAGCGCGUUACCAGGUGUUUUGCGAUAAUUGCUGCAAGGCUUUGCAAGCGCAACUACAGCAAACCGUUGGCGCUUGCUUCCUUAACGUGACGCGCACCAGUAGCGGCGUCGCUUUCACCUUACGUUAGCUAGGAUAUCAUUAAUAUCAGCCGGCGCGGCGGCGUCAGGGCGAGUCGCGUCGGCUGGGAAUGUUCGCAUUCAGAAUGGAAGCCCCGCGACAGGGCACGAUAUCCACAAGAACGGCUCGGCCUCUUAGGCUUGUACACAAGCUUGCUGAUGUAACAAAAGUUGUAAGAGGAAGAAGCCGCAUGCGUGUCAGAGCGGAGUCUCCCAUUAUUGAAGACAUCGAAGUCUCUGGCCGUGACAUGAGCACACGCUCCGUCUUUAACCGGUCGCGCUGGGCUUACCAUCAGAACACGGGAAGAUAUGCUCGUCAUAUGCUCUCUAUAUUCCGGUCCGUCACCUUCCACAACCUGCAGGCUCCCAUGAGCUUCAUCGUGCUGACGUCAUGCGCUGUCGUACUGUACCGCACCCUGGUCGACACGGGGCGCCUACCGGAUCUCUUCCAGGGCAUUCGCUUCACCGAUGUGCCCUUCCAGCUCACCUCCUUCGCGCUCUCCCUGCUGCUGGUUUUCCGCACGGACGCCAGCUACGGCCGCUGGUGUGCUGCUAUGGACGCCUGGGGCACGCUGCGUACCUCCGCCGCAGACCUCGUCCGCAAGGCAGCCGCCUGGGUGCACGACCCCGCACACCUGCGCCGACUGGUUCGCUGGACCGCCGCCUUCCCCGCCUGCCUCAUGCUAGAGCUGCGGUACGACAGCGGUACGACAGCGCUGGAGGCGGCAGUACGGCAGGAGCUGGGGGCGGUACUGCGGCCGCAUGAGCUGGAGCAGGUUCUGUCCGCGGGUCCGCACUACCACCAGUUUUGUCUGUCCGUGCUGACGGCGCUUGUGGGGGCUGCGCAGCUGGAGGCGGGGCGGGAGGCGGCGCUGCUGGGGGAGCUGAGCGGGCUCAACCAGGCAGCAUGCGAGUGCGAAAAGAUCCUGCGCUUCCCCAUCCCGCUCACCUACACGCGCCACACCUCCCGCUUCAUGCUCAUCUACCUCACCGCGCUACCGCUGGCGCUGUACGACUCGUGCGAGUGGGCGGCGGUGCCGGUGACCGGGGUGGUGUCGUUCCUGCUGCUGGGGAUCGAGGACAUUGGUGUUCAAAUCGAGGAGCCCUUCUCCAUCCUGCCUCUCCCCGAGAUCUGCGCCGACCUGCACCUCUCCGCGCAAACAGCGGUGGCGCAGCGCGACAUGGUGGCCUGCCUGGCUGAUCCCGCCACAUGCAGCGCAGCGGAUUUGGAUCUGGAUCCGGAAUCCGUUCUGGAGAGGAGGGCAGACCUGCAGCAGCGACGGCAGCAGCAGGUAGCACGGUGCGGCGGCGGGAGCUGCAAAUGCGGAGCAGGUGGGGUCCACAACACCACCAGCAGCAACACCGCCAGCAGCAACGGGGCCGGCGGCAAUGGGGAGUACACCGUGGG